GCGGCGAGCGGGGGCACGGCGGGACCUCCGAGCCAUGGCCCCGCCGCUGCUCCUGCCGCUGCUGCCGCUGCUGCUGCUGCCGCUGCCGGCCCGCGGCUCCACGGGCGGGCUGGAGGAGAAGCUGCCGCACGUGGAGCGGUACGAGACGGUGCUGCCGCGGGAGCUGCCGGUGCCCCGGGGCAAGAGGGACCUCUCUGCGCCUCCGAGCACCUACCCAAGCCACGUCCUCUACGGCAUCCGUGCCGAAGGCAGAGAGCACCUCCUGUGGCUGGAGAAGAACAGGGCGCUGCUGGGGCAGAACUACACCGAGACUCACUACGCUGCCGAUGGCUCGGAGAUCACGGAGCAGCCGGACACCCAGGAUCACUGCUUCUACCAGGGCCACGUGCGGGGACAGCCCGACUCGGCAGCGAGCAUCAGCACCUGCGGCGGGCUCAGUGGGUUUUUCCGGGUGAAUGAGACCACCUUCGUGCUGGAGCCGCUGCAGGGGGCCGUGGCCGGCCGGCACGCCGUGUACCGAGCAGCUCACCUGCGGGGCAGGCGCGGCACCUGCCGGGAGCCCGGCGCCAGCAGCCUGCAGUACGACCGCGAGCCCAAAAUCCCGGCAGCCAUGAAGCUCUACCGCUGGAAAUCAGGUCCGGUACAAAAAGGUCCCCGGUACGUGGAGCUGGUCCUGGUGGCAGACAACCAGGAGUUCAGGAAGCACAAGGACCUCCGCACCGUGCAGAACCGCAUGAAGGAAAUCGUGAACCACGUGGACAAGCUCUACCAGCCCCUUCGCCUGCGGGUGGCCCUGAUUGGCCUGGAGGUGUGGAACCACAGGGACAAGAUCACAGUCAGCCCCAACCCCGAGGUGACGCUGGACAACUUCCUGCACUGGCGGGAGUCGGAGCUGCUGCGGAAGAAGCCCCACGACAACGCCCAGCUGAUCACGGGUGUCGACUUCCACGGCAACACCGUGGGGCUGGCCAAGAAGCUGGUGAUGUGCACCAGGGACUCGGGCGGCGUCAACCAGGAUCACAGCACGAACCCCAUCGGCGCCGCGUCCACCAUGGCCCACGAGAUGGGGCACAACCUGGGCAUGUCCCACGACGAAGACGUCGCCGGCUGCCGCUGCCCUGUCCCCAAAGCUGACGGGGGCUGCGUCAUGGCAGGGAGCGUUGGGCUGGUUUACCCCAAGCUCUUCAGCCGCUGCAGCGAGCAGGACAUGUGGCAGUUCCUGGGGGACCCCCGCACCAGCUGCCUGCUGAACGCGCCGCGGGCGGACGAGCUCUACGGGGGGCCGGUGUGCGGGAACCAGUUUGUGGAGCGGGGAGAGCAGUGCGACUGCGGCACGCCCCAGGAGUGCUCGGACCGCUGCUGCAAUGCCACCACGUGCCAGCUGAGAGAGGGAGCCGAGUGUGCCCGAGGGGAAUGCUGCCAGGACUGCAAGGUGAAGGCUGCAGGUACGCUCUGCCGGGCCAGCAAGAACGACUGCGACCUCGCCGAGCACUGCAGCGGCCUCAGCGCCGAGUGCCCCGAGGACGUGUUCCAGGAGAACGGCAUCUCCUGCCAGCACGGCAGCGGCUACUGCUACAACGGGGCCUGCCCUUCGCACGGCGAGCAGUGCCGGGCGCUCUGGGGAGCAGAGGCGCAGGUGGCUCCUGACGUCUGCUUCAAGCACAACAGCGAGCAGCACGUUCACCUGCACUGCCUCACCGAGUACGGCAAGCAGCCCUGCAGCCCCAAGGAUGUCAAGUGCGGCACGCUGCUGUGCCUGAGCGACAAGACCCAGCCCAUCCUGGGCAGCGGCUACUACUCCUUCGGCUACUACUUCGGCCGCUUCAAGUGCAAGGCGGUGAUCGCGGGCAGCGACGCCGGCGAGGCGGCCGAGCUGCGGCUGGUGCCCACCGGCGCCAAGUGCGGCGAGGAGAUGGUCUGCUACGCCGGGCGCUGCCAGAACCUCCAGGUCUACGGCGACAAGAACUGCUCGGCCAAGUGCAACAACCACGGGGUGUGCAACCACCGGCGCGAGUGCCACUGCGACCCGGGCUGGGCAGCGCCCUACUGCGAGCAGGAGAUUUCAGGGAUAGCCGCAGGUACGGUGCCCAGGAGGGAGCCUGGGGAGGGGGCUGGCACCGCCUGGGAGGUGCUGCUCCGUCCCCGAGCGCCCGGUUUUGUCCCCGCAGGGAGCGGCAGCGCGGUGCUGGCGGCCGGGCUGGCCGUGCUGGCGCUGGCCGGCGUCGGGCUGGGCAGCGGCCUGCUGCUCCUCAGAGCCAGGGCGGCGCGGCGCUCCCACAAAGGGAGCUCCAGCGGGACUCCCUCCGGCCUCGCCAACCCGCUGUUCCAGGAGGGCGGCCGGGCGCGGCCGUGCCGCCGCCAGCUGUCCCGCAGGGACAUCGGCCAGCCCAGCCUGGUCAGCAGCACGGCGGCGCCGCGGGCCCGGGCACACAGCCCCGUGCUGCCCCGGGCACUCAGCCCCGUGCUGCCCCGGGCACACAGCCCCGUGCUGGCCCGGGCACACAGCCCCGUGCUGGCCCCGCAGCCAUCCGCACCCGGCCCGCUGGGGCCGCCUCGCUCCCCUCCGCGCUGGGCCCCGCAGGCGAAGCCGAAGCCGCCCAGCAAACCUCUCCCAGCGCUGAAGAGCAAAGUGCCGAGCCACGGCGAGGGGCCGCCGGCACCGUCCCUUCCAACCUUCCAGCGGUGUCCCCCGCCAAAGGUGGCCCUGAAGCCGCCCCCCGCCAGGAGGUGACCAAGGAUGCUCCAUCCGCCACCGCGGCCGGCCGAGAGCGGCACAGCUGGGUGGGUGGCACAGCUGGGUGGUGGCACAGCUGGGUGGUGGCACAGCUGGAGAGCCAUCGUCCCGCUUCCACCCUUACUUGAAUUGCCGGCCGGACCCUCGGACCCUGUCCGGGGCGGGCACCAGUGUUUACAGAUCCUCGAGUUGUGCCUUAAUGGACUCGGCAGCUUCACGGUUGUCCCAGGGAGAGCCGCCAGCCGGGGCUUCCCAAGGAAACCAGGAGCGGGGACAAUGCCAGCUCCGGUUUGGAGGACCAAGCCACGUUGGCCCAGGCUCUCCUGCGCCCUGGGAGCUGCUGCCUUCUCUCCCGACGUCCUGAAUGUGUCCUGUCCUCCUGCCCUUCCCUGCCGGGGCUGUGGAGAGGAGCUCCUGGCACCACGGGGCAGGAAGAGCACACAUCCCUGCUCACAGCGCCGUGGGGACCUGCCCCAGGGACAUCACACGGGGGGAUGUCACCAGGGGCUGUGGCAGGUCCGAGCUGGGCUGGGCCUCCCCACGGGGCUUUUAUCUCUGGAGUUAUUCCUUGAGUGUUCAAAGGGAAUUCCCUGGGAGCCUUUUUACUGCAGCCAUUUAUUUAUGACCCUUAUGUGACCAUUUUGAGCCACUUGCUGUAAAACCAGGCCUCCCAUUUUUGAUAUAAUUUAGGUUCAAGGCUUUUAUACCAAUAAAGACUGAAGG